AACAGCAGCAGCAAGACAGUAAGCAACACAGUGUUUAUCCUACGAGGAGCGCAGUCUGAAGGAGGACGUUUCUUUAACCGCAUUUUGUUUCUGGAUAUGCCCGGACGCCGCUCUCCAGCAUGCUGAGCAGGAAGGGGUCUUGUGCGGGGAUGAUGAGCGCUGCAGCCGGAGUAGACCGCAGCAGGGUCGGGGAGAGACUGCAGGCUGCUCUGGCCGGGCUGCAGGAGCUGCAUCUGCUGAAGGACAGACAGAGCGACAUGGUGAGCUGGGCACUGAGGGUGGACCGGCAGGUGCCGGUCACUUCUGUCCACGCAGGCCCGGAGGCUUCCAGGAUGAUGGGGUCUGAGGAGCAGCGGCUCGAGGCGACCCUGACAGCCCUGAAACAACAGCUGUCUCGUCUUCAGAAACAGGAUGUAGGCCUGAGGACCCACUUGCAGCAGCUGGACCAACAGAUCAGUGAGCUGAAGCUGGAUGUGAGCAAGGCUUCCACAGAGCAGCUGGAGAGUGACAGCAGGCCGAGUUCAGGUUUCUAUGAGCUCAGCGAUGGCGGCUCUUGCUCGUUGUCCAACUCCUGCACCUCUGUGUACAGCGAGAGUCUGUCGUCCUCUCAGACGAGCCUACUCCUCCUUCCCAUGAGCCCUGCUAAUUCCCACAUUACCCAUCCAUCACAAGUCGAUGUAUGCCGCCGGCGUUCUGCUGAUGAGAGCACUACCCAGCCCAGCCUUCCACGGGCCACAGGCCUCCAUCUUGGCAGCAGCAGGAUUCGAGCAAGCACUGCUGGCACCGAAAAGGCACGACCAAGACCUGUGUCAACAGGUGAUCUUGAUAGGAUGAUGGCUCAAGGGCUUGGCUGCUACAAAUCUGUGGAUGCAAAGAAACCGUCAAUCUGCACAAACCCGAAGACCUCCACAGUGGACCCCAAGUUCCAGAGCAACCUAGUGUCCCACAGUGGGACCGAAGUGUACCACUACCCUAGCCCCCUGCACGCUGUGGCUCUCCAGAGCCCAAUCUUUUCCCUUGGGGGUGACCCAGCAACGACUGGACGUCUAGAGGGCCAAGGACACCAAAUUAAUGGUUCUGACACCUUCCAGAGGGCACAAAUGGGUUAUGAGACCAAGACCCUGGGUUACAUUGACAAGCUCCUCUUGCGCAGCUUGAGCAAAAUCAAGAGUGAGAUAGCCACCGAGACUCUGCAGACACACAAUGACUAUCACAGGAAGCCAUCUGAAGUUGUAACUGUGAUUCCUGAAGGGCCACAGAAAGAGGUUUUAAUGCUGCAGCCUGUUCCAGCCCAGGCCACAAACAUCAUCCCACUAGAUAACGACCAGAAGAGACACUGCAUGACAUACUCCAGCCAAGAGCUAGCUGAUAACGCAAACCACAAACAGUCAGAGAGAGCCCCCGUGGUUUCAUACCCAUACUCCUAUCCUGCUGCCAUGAGGGAGUACAGUUCUGAUGAGGUCACCACUUCAUCCCUGAGGAAGAAUGAUAAACCCCAUGGAGAAUGUGGGAGUGUAACAAGAAGCAAUUCAGAGAAAAGAUGUGGGGACAAUUCAGAGUCAAGGCCACAGGAGAGGAAGGGCCAUAGGCAAAGAUCGGUGAUGGCCCACAGCUCCAGUGCAGAGGAGAGUCAAGGCUAUGAGGUUCACGCUGGCCACACAACUUCCCCUGAGUUUGUCCAUGCCAAAUUUGUCCCCGCUGGAUCUCAGAGGGUCAAGGUGAGACAGGCAGACCGUAAAACCAAAGCUGUGAAACUGAGAAGAAGAAGCAGCGAGAAGCCUCGAGCAACGAGGCAGCAACCUGGCUACUCCUCUGGCGAACUGACCAGAGAGGCCAGUGGUGGAACCAAGGGGGAACAGAGAAGAUCCGGAAAAGGAAAAAUGACCCAGAAAUUUACCACCUGUCACACAGAGGAGCGCAGACAGGGCUCAGGCUCAGACUCCAGCCACUGCAACCUGGGACUCAUGUACACCCACAAGCUGCAUCCUAAACCACAUCCCAUCCCUGCUGUUACAAAGUCCAGCAAAAGCCAUAGACUGCAGAGCCUGGAGUAUGAGCAGACUGUAGAGCAGAGGAAGAGGAGGCAGGGGGCUGCCAAAUGGCCAUGCGAUGUGGAGAUGGCCCAGGCCUUAUGUGCUCAGCGUCAGAGGUCAAGAGAGCCCCAUGUUCAGGCACCAGGGAGCAUGCAGAUGGUCCGCAGUAGUGCCAGACCAGGCCAGUGGAUGGGACCUCCUCGCUCCUUCCAAUCCUCCAUGUCCACUAACUCCUUCUUCCACAGUCUUAAUGCUAGAUACCCUCCAGCACCCUUCCCCAAUCACUACCCACCCAGAUGCGAGUCUGAGUACUCAGCCGAAUGCGCGUCACUGUUUCACUCCACCAUUGCUGAAAGCAGCGAGGGAGAGAUGAGUGAUAACACCACCAACCGCUUUGGCGAUAGCGAGUCCAGCCAGAGCUUUCAGUCCAUCUCGGACUCUGACAGCAGCCUGUCCCUGGACGAGGAGGACCAGGUGGACAGCCACGAGGAUGAGAGAGGUCUGGUGUGGGCUGAGGCUGCUCUGGGGCCCACUGCCGCUGGACGGCCCCUCCAGCAGCUCCCACCCCCCGAGCCAUCAGCCUGCCGCAUCAAAGCUUCCCGAGCCCUAAAAAAGAAGAUUCGUCGGUUCCAGCCUGCCUCCCUAAAGGUCAUGACCCUGGUGUAGCAAAGUUCCCCCGGGCAGAACAGGAACUGUUGGGAAAACACAGAGAGCUGUGGGAAAUGCUUUCGGAACUGUUUGGAAAGAUCGCACCUGGUCUUUCAGCACAACACAAUUAAUCAAAACUGACAAGCAGCAAUUAAACUGGACUGCAAUUGUGCACUGAUUAUUUUGUUAAAACUAAAAAAACAAAAAUGUUUGGAAUUGACAGUGGUUGAACCCGAAACGUUGAAUAAAAGCAUGUAUAACACAAUUAUUACACUUAACUAAUUUGUAAAUAUUUAUGUUGUUGUAAUAAAGGUUUCUCAUAGCAUGUGGCUGCAUUUGACAAUUUCAUGGACACUUCUG